UAGCUUUUAUCUAGCUUUUUUUUUUUCAUUUUGUCAAGUUAUUAAAUUCCGAGACAAUCUAGACGGCUAAACUAAAAAUGUCUAAAACACGUGCAGCAGCAACAGCAGCUACUAGCUAAAGUUAAAGUUAGCUUUGCCCAGAAGCAACGAGAAGCAAGAACAGUCUGAAGAGAAAUCGAAACAAUUCCGCGUUGCAGGCAGCGGUGAAUGUCAAGACACCCCACUGGGACGACUAACCUGGCUUCAUAAUAAGAUAGUGUCAGACUGGUCUUGUGCAGAAGUAGUUCUAGCAAAACAAAGAAAUGGGACUUCAACCAAUUGAACCGCAUAAGCCCUUGGUAUCAUGGGGUUUGAAGAUCAAGACAAAGACAAAAGUGGUGCCCCCAUGUUUGGGUAUGUUCAGACCCACCAUGGGGCAUUGUUGUCAUCAGUGCACUCCAGAGAGCCUUCGCAACAAAUUUGAACAGAAUUCUCUGGGUGGUUUCUGCAACAUUUUGAAUAUCAAAGAGAAGCACACCAGGUAUCAAGGCUGGCUCGUCCGAAGGAUGUGCUGUGCUCUGUUUGUGAGUGGGUGCAAAGCUUUCACAAGUCCCGUUACUGACCGGGCGGAACGAGUCUAUCAGAGCAAGAGGGUGAAGGAGGCGCUUGCUGCAGAGCCACAGGCAGAGCAGGGGCAGAUCAGUCGCCUUCCAACUUUCCUCCCCCUCAUUAACACCUGCAUUACCUCUGGCCUUACACGAUUUGUGAGCUGGUUGCUUUUGAAGAUGCUUGCUUCUGUUUUCGGGAGCGUCCAAGUUAACCUCAACCAUCUGCUGGCUUUACACAAAGCUUCACAAGAGGGAUCUCCGCUGGUUUAUGUAUACUUACAGCAGAGUGCAUUGGACUGUGCUCUCAUCCCAUUGGCCCUCUUCUGUCACAGCCUCAGAAUCCCAUACACAAUCUGCCCAGUGAAUGUAAACAACAGGUUGCUCAGAAUGAUUCUUCAAAAAGUUGGAGUAAUCCUUCUCCUGAAUGGUGACCUGACUGAGGAGGAAUUUGAGCGAGACCCCCUGAGCUCGGCUGUGAUGACGUCUCUGGUACGUGAGCUGCUACAUGAGGGCCAGGCAGUGAGUGUUGCUGUGUCAGCCCUGCCUGGUCAGGGAGGGCAGUGGCUGGCUCGCAUCAGACAGCUCAUCAAAGAAGGAUCUGUCCCUGAUGUUAGCCUGGUCCCAGUGGGCAUCUCAUACAACUGUGUGCCCCCAGCCAGCCCACAGAUUGGCCUGAGCGGUGUAGUAAAACGCUUGCUGUCUCUCCUCUGGACGAGGUCAUGGGGAAGUGUACGGAUUGACUUGGCCCAGCCUUUCUCUCUGAAGGAAAUGUGUGACUCUGGGAGGUGCAGAGUGGAUGACUGGCUCCCUCUACAGGACCUGUUGCUGCCCGUGAUCUUAAACAACAGAUCUGAAAUUGCAAGCGGGCGUAGGAGGAUGUCAUGGCUCCUGCCUCUCCAUUAUGCAUCUGAACCUAAACCACAUCUCCAAGAUGGCAGCAUCGCCAUCAUCCUUCACCUCAUCUACUCUGCCAUGUCCUGUAAGUCUGUGAUGUCCACUGGCAUUGUAUCCAGCCUUUUGCUCCACAGACAUCCUAAGGGUGUAAAGCUGUCAGUCUUGUGUCGUGAUGUAUCAUGGCUCACGAAGGAGCUCUUGUUCAGGAACAAAGACGUUGGCUUUGGGGGCACUCUCGCCAGGGUGGUUCACUACGCCCUCAGUUUGCUCGCCCCGCAUCUCAUCAUGUCAGCAGCACCAUCCAGGAAAGACCCACUGAUUUUGCCUCGUCCCUCCCCUGCAGCUGCUCAUCAUCUCAGUCUCCAGGCGCAGACCGUCACUCACGCCUUUAUCCUGGAAGCUGUUGGGGCCUGUGCAGUGUCGGCCAUGUUGAGGGAUGUGGCGGGCAGCGGUGUGAGUAGCCAUGUGCGGAGCCAUGGCGUGGAUGGAGCAAAGGUCAAAGGUGACUUGGAGUUUGACGUAGUUUUGUGCGAGACGGAGCUGACCAACAGAGCCCUGCAGCUAUGCCAUCUCCUGCCUCCGGGAUUCAUGCCACCUUGUCAGUCUUCCCACAGUUUUGCGCUGGAUGCCGUUGACAGUCUGGUGCGCUGUGGCAUAUUGAUCAUGGAAGAGGUUCCCAGAGCUGUGCCUAUUUGCGACGUGUGGAAAAGAGAUGGUACUUUCUCUUGGGCCACCAGCGAUGACCCUUACAGCACCGACUCUGACUGUGAGGAGAUGGAGUCCCGCUCUUAUAAGAUAACAAAGCCGAGCCAGUGUCCAGACCUGCUCUUCUUCCUCUGCAGUUUGUUGUCUGAGUAUCUGAGGUCACUGUGCUGGGCCACUUCAGCUCUGGAGAACCAGCUCUCACCUCUGCUGGAGGCAGACUUUAAGAUUCAAAUACAUUGUCAAUUGUGCGACAUGGCAAGAAAGAAGAAAAUGCACUAUGAGAGCUGCUCAGUGGAGGCUGUGCACACUGCACUCCGAACGCUAAUAGACCUGGGGGUGAGUGACAGCUCCUCUACACAUGUUUCUCUAAAGCUGUCUGCCCAGAAUUACAACUUGUACAACACAAGAUCCUUUUGGAGAAGCACGAGAAAGAAGGCGUUUUCCUGAGUGUCAGCCCUUUGUUCCACUCGUCAGAAAACAGACAAAAACUGCACGGCUUCAUCUCCCAGUACCUCUACAAUUAUC